GCUGGUGUGUGUCAUAAUAAAAGAAUGUGAAUUUUUUUAUUUAAAUUGAAAACGAGCAGCAGCGCCAUCCAUUGCAACGCCACCACCACUAACACGUGCUGUGGAUUUGGGCCUUGAGAUGGAUCGGGUAGUUGCAACAACUGUAUCAACACAACACAAAUUCCUUAGUCUCGAUUCCACGCUUCUCUCCUUCCUUCAACGUCGCUUUCCACUGUGGCCACCGGUGUAAUUUAAUUCUUUCAGGUUCAUCAUACUCUGUGAUUCUAUGAAAAUUUGGUACCAAGUUACACAGUAUAUGAGGUUGAGUGCCCAGACCAUUCAUUCGUAAAUUCACUGAUGAUGGCCAAUACCUUAUAAGUUUCAGCAGAAAUAAUCAGGCAUUGAUUGUUUAUAGGCCUAGAUGGCUUUCUUUUUCAUGCAAGAAUGAAGAUUGUGAUAAACAUGAUUUGCCAUCAAGAGCAAAGAGAUUUGCCAUCAUUAGUUUAUGCCAUAUUCCUCAAUACCCAGACACCUCUUCUUGUCUCACCUUCAGAAGUGCAUCCCAAAAUCAUGGAAACAAGCCCCCCUAAAACCACUUCAAAACCCCAUCUUAUGUGCUGAUGCAUCUAUGGUUGGUGUUCUCAUUGCAUCCCUCAUGGACUUUGUGACCCAUGGCCACUUAUCCAAUGCAUUCAAAACCUUCUUCCAAAUACAGCACCAUGCUGCUUCUUCCCACCUUCUGUUACACCCUAUUGGCUCUCUCCUUUCGGCUUGCACCCAUUUUAAGUCACUCUCACAGGGUAAGCAGCUUCAUGCUCAUGUCAUCUCACUGGGUCUUGAUCAAAACCCUAUCUUGGUUUCAAGGCUUGUUAACUUUUACACAAAUGUUAAUCUCCUUGUUGAUGCCCAAUUUGUCACUGAGAGCUCUAAUACUUUGGAUCCUUUACAUUGGAAUCUGCUUAUCUCGGCAUAUGUUAGAAAUCGGUUCUUUGUGGAGGCUCUUUGUGUCUAUAAGAAUAUGUUGAAUAAGAAGAUUGAACCAGAUGAAUACACUUAUCCAUCUGUUCUCAAGGCUUGUGGGGAAUCAUUGGAUUUCAAUUCUGGGGUGGAGGUUCACAGGUCUAUUGAGGCUAGCUCCAUGGAGUGGAGUUUGUUUGUACACAAUGCUUUGGUCUCCAUGUAUGGUAAGUUUGGGAAACUGGAGGUUGCGUGUCACUUGUUUGAUAAUAUGCCCCGUAGAGAUUCUGUUUCUUGGAACACUAUAAUCCGCUGUUAUGUGUCUAGGGGUAUGUGGAAGGAAGCGUUUCAGCUAUUUGGAAGCAUGCAGGAGGAGGGUGUUGAAAUGAAUGUGAUUAUAUGGAACACCAUUGCUGGAGGGUGCUUGCACUCAGGCAAUUUCAGAGGAGCACUUCAACUUAUUUCUCAGAUGAGAACAUCCAUUCAUCUGGAUGCUGUUGCAAUGGUUGUUGGGUUAAGUGCUUGUUCUCACAUUGGAGCCAUUAAAUUGGGAAAGGAGAUUCACGGCCAUGCCGUGCGAACUUGCUUUGAUGUGUUUGACAACGUGAAAAAUGCAUUGAUUACUAUGUAUUCCAGGUGUAGAGAUCUUGGCCAUGCAUUUAUGUUGUUUCAUAGAACGGAAGAGAAAGGUUUGAUCACUUGGAAUGCCAUGCUUUCUGGAUAUGCCCACAUGGAUAAAUCCGAGGAAGUCACCUUCCUUUUUAGAGAGAUGUUACAGAAGGGCAUGGAACCCAAUUAUGUGACCAUUGCAAGUGUUCUUCCCCUUUGUGCCCGCAUUUCAAAUCUGCAGCAUGGCAAAGAGUUUCAUUGCUACAUUAUGAAGCACAAACAGUUUGAGGACUAUUUAUUAUUGUGGAAUGCCCUGGUGGACAUGUAUUCAUGGUCUGGCAGAGUUUUAGAAGCCAGAAAAGUGUUCGAUUCAUUGACCAAAAGAGAUGAAGUUACAUACACUUCUAUGAUUUUUGGAUAUGGUAUGAAGGGUGAAGGAGAAACAGUUUUAAAACUAUUUGAAGAGAUGUGCAAGUUGGAGAUUAAGCCGGAUCAUGUAACAAUGGUUGCAGUUCUAACGGCUUGUAGUCAUUCUGGUCUAGUAGCCCAAGGGCAAUCUCUCUUUAAAAGGAUGAUAAAUGUCCAUGGGAUAGUUCCACGGCUUGAGCACUAUGCCUGCAUGGUUGAUCUGUUUGGGAGGGCUGGUCUUCUAAACAAAGCCAAGGAGUUUAUCACAGGGAUGCCAUAUAAGCCAACUUCGGCAAUGUGGGCUACUCUUAGAGGAGCGUGUCGAAUCCAUGGAAAUACUGUGAUGGGGGAAUGGGCAGCAGGGAAAUUGCUGGAAAUGAUGCCUGAUCAUUCAGGCUAUUAUGUGUUGAUUGCCAAUAUGUAUGCAGCUGCUGGUUGUUGGAGCAAACUAGCAGAGGUGAGGACUUAUAUGAGGAAUUUGGGGGUGAGAAAGGCUCCUGGUUUUGUUGACAGUGAGUUUUCUCCCUUUUCGGUUGGGGACACUUCCAACCCUCAUGCUUCUGAGAUUUACCCCUUGAUGGAUGGACUGAAUGAGCUAAUGAAAGAUGCUGGUUAUGUACAUAGUGAGGAGUUAGUUUCAUCGGAGGAAGAUUUUGAGGAGAUGGAUAUCGGAGGGAAUGUAUACUGAUAGAAGUUAAAGUAGAUUUUAGUUAUAGGUGUCUAUUGUAGUUUGUUAUUACAAUCCCUUGUUUGCGGCCUAAAAAGCAGAAACUUGCCACAGUUGCCAGAUCAAGCAGAAAAAUUGCCAUGAGUUGAGUUUGUUUAA